CGAGCGGCGUGCCCUCGCCGCCGCCGUCGAGAGCCUGGCGCAGCGCGUGGCGGGCCGGGUCGCCGACUUUGAGGAGCAGCAGCCGCGCCAGCAGCAGCAGCAGGCCGGUGGCGGCGCCGAGGCCGCCACAGGCCGUUUCCAGACCACCCUCAACGGCCUCCUGCAGAGCGACGACCGCCUGCUCGCGAGCUUGCAGAAGCUCGGGCAGCAGUUGGAGGAGCACGAGGUGCACGCCGGCGCCGAGAAGGCCCGCGAGACGUGCGCGCGCCUGAUCAAGCACACGGUCGAGAUGAUCCGGACCAGGCUCGACCGCGUCUAUCUCGAGGCGGUGGAGUCGGCUUUGUCGUCCGAGACGCUGGCCGCGUCGGUAGACGAUGUCAAGGCCGUGGAGGCAGAGCUUGAGGAGUUGUAUACGGAAAUCCUCCCGGUUGCGCAGAUGUCUGCCGAGCAGCAGUUCCUCGAGCCCAUGGUUCAAUCGUUGCGAGAGCGGGAUGCCUCGAAUCUAGCCCGGUCGAGCGAGGCUAUGAACUAUGCGGAAGGCUGCCUCGACUACCUCCUUGCAAACAUGUCCACUCUGGCAGCCCACGUCGAGGACAUCAAGGCCUACGAGUCGGCCUCCGAGGUCAUCAUCCGCACGGCAAAAGCCGAGCUCGCAUCACCCACCCCGCCAGACCCCACCGCCCGCCCUUCCAACAACAACAACUCAUCACCCACGCGCCGCGCAAACCAGUCCGCGUGGCCGGGGGCCGGCACCGACGUCUCGCCCGUCAAGCGGCCCCAGAGGUCCCGCACCUUCCCCACCAGCAGCAGCAGCGGUGGCGGCGGGGGCCAGAGUCACCGUCGGCGGUCGUCAGGCUUCGGGGUGCCCGAGGAGCCGCCGCUGGACGUGCUCCUGCGCGACCUAGCGCUCACCCUCCCCGACGACGGCGACCUCGCCGACGCCGCGGCGCUCGGCUCGGCCCUGCGCUCCCGCGCCGCCAAGGCCGCCGACGUGGCGCGCGACGUGCAGGCCUCGUUCGAGGCCUCGGCCCAGCACCACCUGGCCGACUCGGCGCGCGCCGUCGCCAUGCUGCUCGAGGGCGUGCUCUCGGAAUCACCGGCGCAGCCGCCGCCCGCGACACAGCCUGGCGCCGGCGACGACGACGACGACGACGACGUCGUGGGCACCGCGCUCGGGGACCCGGACAUCGAGGCCUCGCUCGCCGUGCUGAACCACGAGGUCGACCGCGUCGCCGCAAAGGUCCGGGCCGCCGAGGCGGAGCUGCGGGCCCGCCAGGCCGCCGCGGGCGCGGGGAAGAGGUCCGCGUCCAAGCAGGAGGAGAUGGUCAGGCGCUGGGGGCCUGUUCGCUGAGGCCAUGUGGUCUGCUACGGGCGGUGCAUUUACUCGGUGGCCUGGCGCUUACCACAUUGACGGCACGCCUACUGUCAGGGUAGUAGGCGUUGUGGCAGACGAUGGAAGCAUUUUCUUUUUAGUUGUUAUAACACAUUUAUCGCACAUGUAGUCCCGGGGUAUAUCAUCCAGCAUACGGAGAGAUUAUAACGAGAACUUGUAUGAAACGACGACAUCUUCGUUACUCCCCACCAGUCCCUUCUUCACCGCGCUGGUAGAUAAGACCUCAAGUAAACAACCCCUUUCAGUUACUCAAGGCGGCAAAGCCACUGGACCCCGGGCGCUUGAGUAUGGCUAGUCCAUACUGCUUGUACGGUGUCCCCGGGGCGGAAGAGGGAGGAAUGCAUCACGUGGGGAUUGGGAUCUGAUGUUGCAGCGACCUAGGUCGGUUGGACCCAAUCUGCCGUCGGGGUUUGGUUUUGCGAUCCGGCACCAAGUCACGUC